UAAAAUUUAAAAGCGAGGGACCAAACACUUGAUCAUAUUCAUACCAAGUUGCAAGCCAUUUGCAACAUUCAUGGAUUUAUCCAUGGCCUUUUAGCAAGGAGCAGAUUAAUGCAUAAAAAACAACAACAUAAAUGGCUUCUUCAACCAUAACCUGCACCAACUUCCACUGUAACUACAAUUCUUCAAUAUCCCUUCCAACCUCAGCCACUCGUUUUUCCUUAUCUUUCUCAAACUCUCUAUUUUGCACCUACAAUGGCCUUUCCCUUCACACUGCAACUUCCACCUCCACUGUUUUUGCCAAGUUUGAGAAAUUCCAAACACAACCUUCCCAAUCUCAAGAGCCUGACCCUGAACCUGACCCUUCAUCCUCACUAGAACAAAAUACAAUAACUUCUGUCGAGGAUGAUGAGGAAGAUGACAGUUGCUUGCCUUCAGACUUGGAGGGUGCAGUGCGGCAAUCAAGUGUGGCCGCGGCUUCAUUUGUUUCUUCAGGAGGGAUGAGAGCCACAGUUGAACUUUUAAUCCCCCAACUGCAAUUUUUAGAUGACGAAGGUGCACAGGUGGAACUCUGGGAAUUGUCAAGGAUUUUUUUGGAUACACUCAUUGAACAAACAAAAUACCAGAGAGUUAAAGCCAUAUUUCCAGAUGCUGGUGCAGCAGCUCUUCUGAAAUAUCGGUGGAAAGAUGCUCAAUUUAGAUUUGCAAGCUUAAGUGACCGGAAGCCUGUAGAAAGUGAUGAUGACAUUGUGGUUAUGAUUGUUCCUGAUUAUCAGAUGUUAGAAUAUGUACAGAGAAUUGCAUCCAAUCUCUCAAAUGAUCCACCUACGCCCCUUAUCAUGUGGAAUCCACGCUUGAUCAGUGAGGAUGUUGGGGUUGGAGUUAAUGUCCGGAAGUUAAGGCGCUUCUUUCUAAGCACUUUUACAACUGUCUAUUUUAUGCGACCUAUGCCAUUUGGAGCAAUCUUUAGGUGUUAUCCAGGAUUGUGGAAAGUGUUCAGUGAUGACAAGGAUAGGCCAAAUAGAUAUUUGCUUGCCAAGGAAUUCGAGAGCCGUCCUGAUGCUGAAGACCUUGAGAUUCUAUUUGAUGAUGAAGAACAGAAAACAGAGCAAGGGCAAGGUUUGCUUGACAAAGCGGCUGGCAUCUUCUCUUCAAUUAGCCGGAUGAUGAAGUCUAUAUGAUGAUUGAUGAUCACCUUUCCUACUUGUUCUCAUCAUUAGUUCAUCCCACCCCCAUUCAUGUCAACUAUAUGUUGCUUCUUCAAAAUUAAUUUUCACUUUUAUAGCUUUUAUCAUGUACUACAAUGCACGUAUUCAUAUUAUUUGAAUCGGUGCCAGACCACCACUUUUGUUAAUCAA